CUUCAUUGACAGUGCCAACAAUAAUAUUGUGAUCUUUGCGCCAACCAGAUUCAUGACUACAAACCGUUUGUCAUAAAACAAACAUCUGGAUUAGUAGAUUUGUCAUGAAAAUUGUAUUCAGUUACUCGUAAAAAUACACGGACGUAGGCGGGUUGGUAACCCUUAUAACGGAAGUAAAAGUGAGUGUAAAAGAGAAAAAUAUUCAUGAACAUCAAGCAAUGUUCGAUUUCAGAGACAUUUGCACAUAGCAUUCUGCGAUAAAGUCGUUGGAAAAUUUGUUUUGAUUCUGCGCUCUUACGUCAGUGAUAUUAUUAUUGUAAUUUUAUCGAACAUAAACUGUAAAUACUACUACUAUUAUUUGUAUUACCCACUCAGAUCUAGAUGGCACCUGUGCUAGGAAUGACAUUUCACAGCAGAAAGAUACGUCGUUAUCUGCAAGAAUGCCGACUUGUGUACGUGUUCUUAUCUGUAUAACAAACUAUUCAACGUGACAGAUUUGAACGCCCUUCCUCGGAUUGUCGUGCAAUUGGACACUGGCAUAAAGUGUGAGGAAGAUCUGAACUUAAGUCUAAGACUAUCAUGUUGAUAUGACUUCAAAGGCAAUACUUUUACUUUUAAUACUUUUACCGGAAGUGGUACCGGAGGAGUCUGAGUUCACAAACACCUGGGCAGUUGAGAUCGACGGCGGACCGGAAAUAGCUGCUCUUGUUGCCGCUCAACAUGGAUAUGAAAUCGUUCGACAGCUACAAUCCUUGGAAAACUACUAUGUUCUGAGACACACCGAAGUUCCCCAUCGGUCGAGAAGAAGCGCUUUUCAGCAUACCAAACGUCUCGAACAAGACACUAGGGUACUUUGGGUAGAACAACAAAUCGCCAAGUCUCGUCACAAACGAGAUUUUCUUCAAAAGCCACACAUUACCUUUAACGACCCCUUGUGGAAUGAGCAGUGGUACAUUGUGAGUAAGACCGAUACAGAUACCCGCCAAGGUAAUACUGCACUGCCAAAGCUAGAUCUUAACGUGGUGGCCGUCUGGAAGCGCAACGUAACCGGGAGGGGCGUCGUCGUAUCCGUUCUCGACGACGGACUGGAACAUAAUCACACAGAUUUGUUUGCCAACUAUGAGCCCAAUGCCAGCUAUGAUCUUAACGAUAAUGACAAAGAUCCCUUCCCGCGAUAUGACGACACAAACGAGAACAAGCACGGUACAAGAUGUGCAGGUGAAAUUUCGAUGACAGCCAACAACGGUUUCUGUGGUGUCGGCAUAGCAUAUAACGCCAGAAUUGGAGGCGUCCGUAUGCUGGACGGUACGGUGACGGACGAGAUUGAGGGGGACGCGCUCGCCAUGCGCCUGGAGCACGUUGACAUCUACAGCGCCAGCUGGGGCCCCAACGACGACGGCAAGACGGUAGAGGGACCAGGGCCCCUCGCAAUGAAGGCGCUAGAGAAAGGCAUUACGCAGGGACGUAAAGGAAAGGGUGUCAUCUACGCAUGGGCGUCCGGAAACGGCGGCCACCUGAAGGACAACUGUGACUGCGACGGCUACACCGGAAGUAUAUACACGAUUUCGAUCAGCAGCGCCUCGCAGACGCAGCAAACGCCGUGGUACGCCGAGCGGUGCGCCUCCACCAUGGGCGCCACGUACAGCAGCGGUGCCUACAACGAUCAACGAAUUUGCAGUACAGAUCUACACAACAUGUGUACACACGGACACACGGGUACUUCCGCGGCGGCACCGCUUGCUGCAGCCAUAUUCGCCCUUGUCCUAGAAACGAACCCGGAACUGACGUGGCGCGACAUGCAGCACAUCAUCGCGUGGACGGCGGAGUAUUCCUCCCUCAAGGACAACCUCGGGUGGAUGAAGAAUGGCGCCGGCUACUUUGUCAAUUCCGCCUUCGGGUUCGGACUCCUCAACGCCGAUGCCAUGGUGACGCUCGCCGACCCCGGCACGUGGCGCACAGUGCCAGAGAAAUACAUUUGUGUGACGAAUUCAAUAAGCUCAAACUUACCAAAAAAUAUCGCUAGCGGCCAAGAAAUAGACAUCACAAUCAACACUUCCGGAUGUCAGGGUCAACACAACGAGGUGAACUAUCUAGAGCAUGUGGAGCUCACGCUCGACAUGACUUUUACAAAGCGCGGGGACUUAAGCAUUGACCUCGUGUCGCCAGACGGCACACAGACGACGCUGCUCACAGAGCGGCCGAACGACGAGUCGGAGAAUGGCUUCCAGAACUGGACCUUCAUGUCCGUACAAACCUGGGGGGAGAGACCCAUGGGGGCGUGGCAACUCAAGAUCCGAGAUAAGUAUGGAAGUGGAAAUAGGGGUGUUAUCAAGGCCGUGCAGCUGAAACUACAUGGUACCCAGCUUCUUCCGUACCACGUGAUGCGAAAUGGCGGACAGAGAAAAUACAACGACAACUACAAUAAUGUUGUUGACACACGAAUGUCGAACCACGGCAAUCUAGAACUUCUUUCCAAAGAACUGGAGAAACUUCGCAAGGUCAUCGGGAACAACAUGUAAACUCUGAUGCUAUCCAUGGCCCUCGUUACAUAUCUUGUUAAUGAAAAAUAAAUAAAAGAAAACACAAA